UAAACACAAAUUUGGCUUGGAUUUGUCGCUAUUUCAAAUCCAAAUCAACAUCUAAGAGAGAGAGUCUCUCCUUCCAAAUUUCCUGCGUAGCGGAGAAUUAGGGUUUCACUUUUGCAUCUGUUCCUCUACUAGUUGCCAUCUCCGAUUCUCCAUUGCUCUUAUGUUACUUAAUUACGUACAUACAAUAUGACUGGGCGUUCCUCGCCGCGUGAUCGGAGCUCGCGUCAAUCGUCGCCAUCUAAUAAUCCGCACCAUAGUGUUGGAAAUGUAUUGUCUUUAUUAGCUCGGAGAGAGAUUUCACCCAGAACUAAGGAUGCACCAAAAAAGUGCUGGGGAGAAGCUUCUAAAAAGAGUAGUAAUUCAUCUUCACUGCGUAAAUCUGCUCCUAUAGAUCCAAAUCGUGGACUUAUCUCAUGGAUUGAGGCAGAGUCCCUGCGCCAUUUGUCUGCGAAGUACUGUCCUUUGGUGCCUUCUCCUAAGUCCACCAUUGCAGCUGCAUUUAACCCAGAUGGGAGAACGCUUGCUUCUACACACGGUGACCACACUGUGAAGGUAAUAGAUUGCCAAACUGGAAAUUGUUUAAAGGUUUUGAGUGGUCAUCGAAGGACACCUUGGGUGGUUAGGUUUCACCCCUUGCAUCCAGAAAUUCUUGUGAGUGGGAGCUUGGAUUAUGAAGUCCGCUUAUGGAAUGCAAACACAUCAGAGUGUAUCGGAUCUCAUGAUUUCUACCGUCCUAUUGCGUCCCUUGCUUUCCAUCCUAAAGGGGAACUCCUUGCAGUUGCAUCAGGUCACAAGUUAUACAUGUGGUACUACAACGAAACAGAUGAAGUGGCUUCCUCACCAUCCGUUGUACUGAGGACAAAGCGUUCACUUCGGGCUGUACAUUUCCAUCCGAAUGCUGCUCCAUUUCUCUUGACUGCAGAGGUCAAUGAUCUUGACUCUUCAGAUAUCUCAAUGACAAGAGCAACUUCUGCUGGUUAUGUGAGAUAUCCUCCACCUGCUGUCUACGUAGCGAAUGUCGAUUCAAAUGACCGUAAUAGUUUGGGUGCUGAAAAAUCGGCAACUUUACCUUCAUUAAUUGUGCGUUCCACUUCUGCUGAACAUUCAAGAAUAGAUUUGCAGCAGGCUAAUACACAUGCUGGUUCAAGAAGCAUGGAAGUGGAAUCUUCUGCUUCAUUAAGGAGACCAGCAGAUUCAGGAGUAACAGAGCAGAAUAAUAGGGAAGCAUCUCCAAUGGAGACAUUUCCUGCAAUCCCUAGUGGCUUGUUUCCUGGGACUUCUGAUGCUGCAGUAGAUGCCAUGGAGACUGAUGAGGUGCAGCCUGUAUGGGGAAGUGAGCAGAGCUCUGCUACUCUCGGUGACACUAAUCAUGCACCGACUGGACCAAUCAGGCAUAUAUCCAGCCGUCCAGAAUUCGGUGAAUCUGGGCAACUUCAUCAGUUUUUACCCUUUAGAGACCCUACUUGUUGGGAGCUACCUUUUUUGCAAGGAUUGUUAAUGGGUCAAAGUCAAGCCAGUGUUCCCUCGAGUCUUCCCUUUAAUGGUAGCAGUCGUGAUGUGGAGGCUCCAGUGGCUUCUACAGCAAUACCCAGCAGUCCCAGGCCAUCUGGAAGAUCUGACCGGCGGCAUCGUAUUUCACUUUCCCGCCCCUCUGUAUCUGAAUCUGGGGAAAUUACUACCCCUGUUAACGCACAACAUGAUGGGACUAAUAAUCAACCCAUUAUUAGUAGAAUCCAGUCUGAACUUGCCACAUCCCUGGCUGCUGCAGCAGCGGCAGAGUUGCCUUGCACUGUAAAGCUAAGAGUAUGGCAGCAUUACGUAGAAGAUUCUUGUGCCUUGUUAACAGUGGAGAAGUGCUGCUUAACCAUUCCCCAUGCUGUCCUUUGUAGUGAAAUGGGUGCACACUUUUCGCCUUGUGGGAGAUUUUUAGCUGCCUGUGUUGCUUGCAUGCUUCCUCACGUGGAAACUGAUCCUGGACUACAAACAUUUUUUCAUCAAGAUUCUGGUGCUGCAACAUCCCCAACCCGUCACCCAAUCUCAGCACACCAUGUCAUGUACGAGCUUCGGAUAUAUUCCCUAGAGGAAGCAACCUUUGGUUCAGUGCUUAUUUCACGAGCAAUCAGAGCUGCUCAUUGUUUGACUUCAAUCCAGUUCUCACCCACCUCUGAGCAUAUAUUACUUGCCUAUGGUCGACGUCAUGGAUCUCUUCUUAAAAGCAUUGUGAUUGAUGGGGAAACGACGUCUCCUAUAUACACCGUUCUGGAGAUUUACAGAGUUUCCGACAUGGAACUUGUAAGGGUGCUUCCUAGUGCAGAAGAUGAGGUGAAUGUUGCUUGCUUUCAUCCUUUUGCCGGAAGAGGCCUUGCAUAUGGAACCAAGGAAGGAAAGUUGAGGCUCCUCCAAUAUGAUGGAGCUCCUGGUGCAAAUGGCACUGAACCAAGUUACUUUCCUGAGGAAAAUGUGGCUGAGUCGCAGUCAUUGCCCUUAAGAAGAGAACUCUUAAACAUAAUCGAAAGCAUAGCUUGUUGCACAUACUCAAACCCUUGUGCCCUGACAUAGCUGGUGCCAACGUAUGCUUUAGAAGGCUAGAUAUCGGGGAUUGCAAUUAACUUGUUUGAUCUGUACCAGCGCCCUACAUGGGCAUUGUUACUUGUAUCUUGAAAAAAAAAAUCUGAAAUAGCCAACUUGGAAAAGAAGUCGAUAGGACGCUGGAGUUCUCGCUUGUUUUUUUUUUCAUCCACCAGGAAAUCCUGAUCUGUUCAAGCUCGUGUGCUAAUGUACAUUAUUAUGCACCAGAAGUGUACUAACAUUGUGUUUUCUUGUCCAUUUCCUUUUUCUCCUCCUUUCUUUUCUGAUAAUUUUCCUUCUCCUUUAUUAGAUUGUUGUUCUGUUGUCUCAAAUUAUUGUACUUCCUAGGAGGAGCCUCUGUAGCAGGUGGGGGGCGCUCAGAAGCCACAUGUUAACAGACUAUGAAUACAUGUAACUAUGGAAAAGAAAAUAGAUGAAUUUUAUAUUAAAAAAAAAACCUUAAUUCUGGAACA